AUGGCUCGCCGCCAUUGGUUGCGGCGCGGGCUCCGCCCCCCGGGCUGCGGGGGCCGGCGGCGGCGGCGGAGGUGGCACGUCGGACGCAGGCGGCGGAGGAGGUGGCGCCGCGGAGACAGCCUUCUGCGCCUGCGGCGGGCUGGGUCCCCAGCCUGGGAAAAGAUGGCCCCGCGACCUCCAAGGGGCCUGGUCCCGGCUCUCAUCUGGGGCCUGAGUCUCUUCUUCAGCCUCCCAGGCCCCGUUUGGCUCCAGCCCUCUCCGCCUCCCCAGGCUUCGCCCCCAACCCAGCCCCAUCCGUGUCAUACAUGUCGGGGACUGGUCGACAGCUUCAACAAGGGCCUGGAGAGAACCAUCCGGGACAACUUUGGAGGUGGGAAUACUGCCUGGGAAGAAGAGAAGUUGUCCAAGUACAAAGACAGUGAGACCCGCCUGGUAGAGGUGCUUGAGAACGUGUGCAGCAAGUCAGACUUCGAGUGCCAUCGCCUGCUGGAGCUGAGCGAGGAGCUGGUGGAGAGCUGGUGGUUUCACAAGCAGCAGGAAGCCCCAGACCUCUUCCAGUGGCUCUGCUCCGAUUCCCUGAAGCUCUGCUGCCCCUCAGGCACCUUCGGACCCUCCUGCCUUCCCUGUCCUGGGGGUGCAGAGAAGCCCUGCGGUGGCUAUGGGCAUUGCGAAGGGGAAGGGACUCGAGGGGGCAGCGGGCGCUGUGACUGCCAAGCCGGCUAUGGGGGCGAGGCCUGUGGCCAGUGCAGCCUCGGCUACUUUGAGGUGGAGCGCAACGCCAGCCAUCUGGUAUGUUCGGCUUGCUUUGGCCCCUGUGCCCGCUGCUCAGGACCUGAGGAAUCCAACUGUUUGCAGUGCAAGAGGGGCUGGGCCCUGCAUCACCUCAAGUGUGUGGAUAUCGAUGAGUGUGGCACAGAGCGAGCCAACUGUGGGGCUGACCAAUUCUGCGUGAACACGGAGGGCUCCUAUGAGUGCCGAGACUGUGCCAAGGCCUGCCUGGGCUGCAUGGGGGCAGGGCCAGGCCGCUGUAAGAAGUGUAGCCCUGGCUACCAGCAGGUGGGCUCCAAGUGUCUCGAUGUGGACGAGUGUGAGACAGAGGUGUGUCCAGGAGAGAACGAGCAAUGUGAGAACACCGAGGGCAGUUACCGCUGUGUCUGUGCUGAGGGCUACAAGCAGAUUGAGGGCAUCUGUGUGAAGGAGCAGAUCCCAGAGUCAGCGGGCUUUUUCUCAGAGAUGACCGAGGACGAGCUGGUGGUGCUGCAGCAGAUGUUCUUCGGUGUCAUCAUCUGUGCCCUGGCCACGCUGGCUGCCAAGGGUGAUCUGGUCUUUACCGCCAUCUUCAUUGGAGCGGUGGCGGCCAUGACUGGCUACUGGCUGUCGGAGCGUAGUGACCGUGUGCUGGAAGGCUUCAUCAAGGGCAGAUAA